AACUGGAUCAGAGGAAUUGCUUAUAAAGUUAAUUUUCCUUACAUUCUCUCAUUUUCUUCUCCAUCUUUCUUAUCUUUUUUUUUUUUUUCACAAAAUUUUCCAUAAAAAAUUUCUCACAGUUUCUUCUCUGCAAGAAGAACCCAAGAAAAGGCCCAAUCACCGCUCCGACCCGAUUCGGCUCCGGAAUGGACUUUGAAUCUUUUUUGGUUUUUUAUUUUGUUUUUGAUUUUUGAAGGAUUCGCGAUUGUGAAUGCUGGUUAGGGUUCUUGAAGCUCGAAGGAAUCGCUGCUUUGAAAUAUAUAAUUCGAUUUGGGAUAAGAAGUUAGUGUUAGGGUUUUCGAUUGUGGGACCUUGUUUUUUUAAAGGAAGAAAUUGCAGGAUUGGGGUUUGGAUUUUUAGGGUUUGUUUUGGUAUUGAUUUUCGAAACGGGGAAGAUAGGUGUGGGUUAGAGGAUAAUGUGUAUACUGUGUGUGAUUCAGAAGUGGUCUCGCCGGGUUGCCACCAUGCUGCCUUGGUUAGUUAUGCCUCUCAUCGGCUUAUGGGCCCUUUCUCAGCUUUUGCCACCUGAUUUUCGAUUUGAGAUCACGUCCCCAAGGCUGGCUUGCGUUUUUGUGCUUCUGGUUACCCUUUUUUGGUAUGAGAUUUUGAUGCCUCGGUUAUCUGCUUGGCGGGUUAGAAGGAAUGCACAUCUCAGGGAGAGGAAGAGGUUUGAGGCUAUAGAAUUGCAGAAGCUUCGUAAGACUGCCACACGAAGGUGUCGGAACUGCUUGACUCCGUAUAGGGAUCAGAACCCUGGUGGUGGUCGGUUUAUGUGCUCUUAUUGUGGCCAUAUUUCAAAGAGACCUGUUUUGGACUUGCCUGUACCACCUGGUUUGGGGAUUUCAAAUUCUGGGAUUAUUAAGGAUCUUGUUGGAAAAGGUGGGAAAAUCUUGAAUGGAAAGGGGUGGUCUGAGAAUGGAUGGAUGUGUGGGCAGGAUUGGUUGGAGAAUGGCAACUGGGUUGCUGGUUCUGUUGCUGGGAAGCCUAGCUAUUGGCGGAAGAAUGGCACUGGAGUUUUUGGAGGAGAUGAGGAUUGUUUGGCAGAGAAAUCUUAUUCUGGCGUUGUUAUUUUUGCAUGCAAGCUGCUGACGUCCUCCUUCUUGAGCAUUAGGUGGCUUUUGAGAAAGAUUUUUAGGGUUAGUUCAUCGAGUGAUGAUGCUUCAUCUGAUGCAGACCACAGGGGGAUGUUGACUAAGAUAAGUGAGAAUGGUACAAACUUCCAAGAGAGCAGAGGAGAGAAAGCGCGUAGAAAAGCUGAAGAAAAGAGACAGGCUAGGUUAGAAAAAGAGCUUUUGGAGGAAGAAGAGCGAAAGCAAAGAGAGGAGGUUGCAAGAUUGGUGGAGGAACGAAGGAGACUGAGGGAUGAAAAACUGGAGGCUGAAAAAGAUCACAGCAAAUUAUCACCACCUGCUAGGGAGAAAGAGAUAAAAAAGGAAUCAGAAAAGAAGCGUCAAGAGAGAAGGAAAGACAAAGAUAAGGCAUCUAGUAAGAGCAAUUCUGAUGUAGAAGAGCUUGAGAAGAGAGUCGGUAAGGAAUCUGAACGUAAACGUGACACUGAUAAGAAAAGUGAGCUUGAUCACCGGGAACAACAGAAGUCUGGGGCAGAUAAUGUCAAGGGCAAUACUCUAGAAACAGGACAUGGAAUGAAAAAUACUUCUGCAAAUAAUUUUAGCCGGGGGAAUGCUGGAACUAGAUACUUCGAUCGUAUGAGGGGCACAUUUUUGUCAUCAUCUAAGGCUUUUAGUGGAAGUAGUUUCUUUGGAAAGAGUACUAAUACUCCUUCCAUUACAAAAGAAAGCAAAACUAACAAUUCUGUAGACCAGGUCCAUACUUCUGUCCAUAGGAGAGAUUUCUGUACAUCUGAGCGUGUAGCUGGGAAGUUGAGUAUGAACGGAGAUGAUAAGAAUGUUAAAGUCAACCACCCUGUGCUUUCAGAACCCCAACCGAGGGCACCACCUAAAAAAUCUUGGCAACAGUUAUUCACUCGUUCACCUUCUGUUCCUCCUGUCUCAAAUGCAAAUGUUAUUAGUAGACCAAAUACAAAGAUUAAUGCGGAAGCUCGGAGCCCACCAUUACCUGGUCAUUCCUCAGCAAUACAAACAUUUGAUAAUCCCAUCAAUUUUGGACUGCCCUCACCAUUUAUAUCUACUUACCCACAUGGAGCUCCCAGCUGUAGUUUAGGUUUCUCCCCUGCAAUUGAACCCAUUUUUCCUCGUGCUUCUGAAGGGUUUCAUGAAUUUAUACCAGAAGAACCUGAACUUUUUGAAGAUCCCUGUUACAUUCCUGAUCCAGUAUCCUUGCUUGGGCCCGUUUCAGAAUCGCUUGAUAAUUUUCAGUUGGAUUUGGGUUCUGGCUUUGGAAUGGAUAUGGGGAUGGAAAGGCCUUGUGCUUUGAAGAAUAUAUCUGCUUCAUCUGAAAUUAACAAGCCCUCACCUAUUGAGUCUCCAUUGUCAAGAUUACGAUCUGCUGAUGAAAGGCAUAACAAUUCUAAUUGGCUCCCAACUACCCCAAAGGCCCAAAAUCUUCACACUUUUCCUGUGGAUGAUACUAAGGCAAAUGAGAAAGGGACAUGGCAGAUGUGGAACAGUUCUCCCCUUGGUCAGGAUGGUCUGUGUUUGGUGGGUGGUCCCACAAGCUGGCUUUUACCCCUGGAACAUAAUGGAUCAAACAAGGAAGACUUUGUGCAACCCUCUACUCAGAAAACUAUGGCAUCGUUGUUCACAAAAGAGGACUUUAUACUUGCUGGCACACAAUCUCCUCAGAAGGUUUUUCUUGGUAAUGGUCAGAAUGGUGGAACAUUCAGUCCUGUAAUAGGUCCAAGUGAUCACGAUCCUUGGUUACAGAAUGCUUUCUUUCCACCAUUGUCUGGCAGUGAUAACCAUUUUCCUAUCAAGCCUCAGGAGGAAAUGAGUGAAAUGAGUUAUGGAAGUCCCAGUGGAUCUGCAUGUACCCAUCCAUUUGAACCAUCUCCUGCAAAUUGUUGGCCCAAGAAGGAGUGGGGUAUGCAAGGUUCAGGAGAAGCUGUUGGAAAGUCUUCGGUUGCAAGGCCCCAUGUUGGGGUUUUAUUUCCCGCCUCAGAUGUACAGUCACUUUGGUAAUUUGAUUGAGAUAGGAAAAGAGUGACAAAUUGCCAAUUGGAGGGACUUUAAAAUACAUCUCUCUGUUUACACUUCUCAAGAGGGAAAACAUAUACUCUUUUGGGGGGGAGAAUUUAGAAUACUUGAUGCAUUGUAUUUUCCUUCACUUCUUUACGAAGGAGAUUAACGUUUACUUUAACAUUAGCUUGGAUAGGAAAUACACGUGGCAUGCAUUCACUUGUGGCGUAAGGUAACAGCUAGGUAAUCAUACCGUUUCUUAAUUCUUUUUAGCUUUUAUAAAUCUGCUGCGGGGGGGUAUCCCCCUUUUGAGGUUGGAUUUGUUCAAUGGGCAGUUGGAAAGCUAUUCCACAUCUUGGUUGCUUUAUCUUUUCUAAAUCUUCAGCUGAAUGGAUGUCCUAAAGGUGAUGAUACUUGGUAUGGCAUGGCCUACAAUGCAUCUGUUUAUAAAUAAAGUCGCUUGUACUCAACACCUUCGCCUCUAAUGCCCAGAGAAUCCCACCCUAACCCUAAUUGGGAUGAUCAUUUCUCGUAUCAUUCAAACAAUUUGUGUCUUAUUUUAUGUACAUGUUGAGUGCGGCUAUUGGUAUUCA